CACGUCCCAAACUUCCUAUUUAUUUCCGUAUGCGCACGGCGGCUGUAGUCCGCUCCCAUGCUGUAGUCGCGUCCUAAUGUAAUCAAAAUUGUAGCAUAACUGUAUAACCAUGAAGAUUGUCACGUGGAAUAUAAACGGUAUACGGACUUUCAGAGGAGGCAUUCAGAAAGCCCUCGACUGUCUGGACGCAGAUAUUGUUUGUUUUCAAGAGACAAAAGUGACAAGAGACUUGCUGGAUGAAAGAACUGCCAUUGUUGACGGCUACAGCUCCUAUUUCAGCUUCAGCCGUGGACGCAGCGGCUACUCAGGGGUUGCCACUUACUGUAAAGACAGUGCCACUCCGUUUGCUGCUGAGGAGGGUCUCACAGGCCUGCUGACCACCCAUGAUGACAAAGUUGGAUGCUAUGGGGACCUUACUGAGUUUUCUGAUGAGGAGUUGCAGCUUUUGGACAAUGAAGGACGAGCUGUUAUUACCCAACACAGAAUCAUGUGUCAGGACCAAAUGCAAACGGUUACAGUAGUCAAUGUAUACUGUCCACGGGCUGACCCUGAAAAGCCUGAGCGAAAACAGUUCAAACUGCGGUUCUACAAGGUGCUGCAGCAUCGGGCAGAAUCCUUACUGAAAGCCGGGAGCCAUGUGAUCGUUUUAGGAGAUGUGAAUACAUCUCACCGACCAAUUGACCACUGUGAUCCCAAUGAUAUUGAUGUUUUUGAGGAAAACCCUGGAAGGAAAUGGCUGAAUGGCUUUUUGCACCAUGACGCCAGUGAAAAAACGAAUGAGGAGGGAUUUGAUGAAGAAUGUGACGUAACCUCAACUGAACCUCACAGUGGAAAAUUUGUCGAUAUCUUUCGCUACUUUCAUCCAACUCGCACCAGUGCCUUCACAUGCUGGUCCACUCUCACCGGAGCCCGGCAGACCAACUAUGGCACGCGAAUUGACUAUAUAUUUGCUGACUACCUGUUGGCCACAGAGUAUUUUGAGGCAGCAGAUCUCAUGCCAGAGGUAGAGGGGUCCGAUCACUGUCCCGUGUGGGGGAAACUCAGCUGCUCUCUCCUGCCCAGCCCUAAGCUUCCUCCCCUCUGUACUCGCCAUCUGCCAGAGUUUACUGGCAAGCAGCAGAAGCUCUCCCGGUUCCUUGUUAAGGUGGACCAAAAGUCCAUGGAUGUGUUACCUGGAUCUCAAGAGGCUGAAGAGAGGCGAGAGAAUGUGAACCCCCUUGGAGUGGGAAACAUCUCUGGAAAGAAAAGGACAUUGACAGUAGAGUCUGCUGCUCCAAAGGGGAAAAAGACUAAGACAACAAAGACUACCUCAAAGCCACAGGGCAGCCUCCUUUCCUUUUUUAAACCCAAGCUCACAAAUGGGGUGCCAUCUAUGGAAACUCCUGUCAGUCAUAAGGAUGAAGUGACCUCAUCGCCGUACUUCCAAAAAGAGUGCACAGCUAAACAAGAAGUCUCCUCAGUGACAGGCAGGGACACAGAGGCUGCUGAGGGUGUCUAUGAUGGCUCCAGCAAAGCCACACAGGACAGUGAAAAUCUGAUGGAGACAAAAUGUGAACGGUUAACCCCAAAGCCCACUGUGGAAGCCUCAGAUCCCAAGAAGGGGGCAUCGUCAGUGUUUUGGAAAUCCGUGCUUCAUGGACCGCCCCCACCACCCCCAUGUAAAGUUCAUGGGGAACCCUGUGUUCUUCGUACUGUCAAAAAGGAGGGCCCCAACUUGGGCCGACAGUUCUUCGUGUGCGCUCGUCCUCAGGGGCACACCUCCAAUCCUGAGGCUCGCUGUAAUUUCUUUGCCUGGGUUGACAAGGGGAAAUAAAUUUUUUUUCUGGAAACCACAAGGUUUUAUUGAUUGAUCAUAAACUUAUAAAAAGCCCAAGCUCAAGAAGUUAUCUGUUGAUUAUGUUAUGAUUUUUUAUUCUUAAAAUAAAGACAGUUGUUUUCUAUG